AUGGCCUCUUCGUUCACUGGACAAGCAGCAGUCCCUCGAGCAGCGGGCAAACGCAAGCGACCGGGUAACAUCAAGGCACUUCCAGAGGCACAACAGGUCUUCAAGGGCCUGGUGUUCUUCUUCUUCCCGAACAAUGACACCAACACUGCUCGUCGGAUGAGGAUUACCAAAGCGGUUGAAUUCGGAGCCACUUGGGUAGUUGAUUGGAGCGAUGAGGUCACCCAUGUCAUAGUGGACAAGAACGUCAAAUUCGACAGCAUGGUAGACUAUCUCAAGCUCACCACAUUUCCGGGUCAAUCGAUCGUUGUCAACGAAUGUUAUCCGGCAGACUGCAUUAUCUAUCGCACGCUAGUCAAUCCGAAGCAAACCAAAUACCAAGUACAGGGCUACGUACCAGCGACUGUUGAAGCAUCGAUCGAUAACACUACAACAUCCACUGCGCAGUCAUCUCACUCGCUGCAACUGAAGCCGGCAAAGAAGGAUCUUGCUCGAGAGGCUAAGACGCCUUCGGAGACUGAUGAGGAAAGCGAGGUCGAUGUCAUACCAGACACCGUCAAGGCAAAACGCGUGCAGGAAAACACAGAACAGGCCUCUGGUGGGGAGUAUGACGAUGCGUUAGAGGAGAUUAUAUCGCAGGCAAAGGGCACACCGCACCUUCCUAUAGAUAUAGAUGACGAUGAAAACAGCUCCCCGAACGCCAGUGAGGCCGAAGAGACAGACACGGAAGACGAGCGGCCCAAGAAAAUACCCAGGAAAAAGACAGGCCCAUCAAACGAACACUUCCAGUGCAUGCAGAAGCACGACGGCAAGAGUACGGACACUAACCCCAACGCGAAGACCAUCGAGAUCCUCACGGCAAUGGGCGACUACUACGAGCAAACGAGAGACGAGUGGCGCUCGCGCGCCUACCGCAAAGCCAUUUCCAGCCUCCGCAAACAAAACCACAAAAUCACCACGAAGGAAGAAGCCCUAGAACUGCCAUGGGUAGGCUCGCGACUGGCCACGAAAAUCGAAGAAAUCGUAUGGACGAACCACCUCCGACGACUCGACAACGCGCGACUAGAGCCCACAACCGCAGCAAUGCAGACCUUCCUGGGCAUCUACGGGGUCGGCCUCUCGCAAGCCAUGAAAUGGGUGCAGCGCGGCCUAAAAACGCUCGCGGAUCUCGAGACGCACAACGUGCCGCUGACGGCGAACCAGCGCGUCGGCAUCGCGCACUACGCCGACUUCAACGCGCGCAUUCCCCGCGCUGAGGUCGCGCUGCACGCUGACGUGGUGCGCCGCGCCCUAAGCGCUAUUGACCCGUCGUUCACCGUCACGGUCGCGGGGUCGUAUCGCCGUGGCGCGGCCACUUCUGGUGAUAUCGACUGCUUGAUCUCGGCGCCCGGGGCGACGCUCACACGGCUGCAGGCCGUCGUGUUCGAGGAGUUGGUGCCGGCGCUGCAGCGGGCGGGGUUCUUGAAGGCGGCGCUGGCCGCGAGUGCGAGCGGCGGGCUCGGCAGUGGCAGCGGGACGAAAUGGCACGGCGCGUCGGCACUGCCUAUCUCUUCUCCCUCUCCCGCUCCCUCUACCGGGACCAGUGACGGUGACGGUUCCGCACCCCCACCCCGCGGGAUCUGGCGCCGCAUCGACCUGCUCCUGGUGCCCGCCUCCCAGCUCGGCGCCGCGCAGCUCUACUUCACGGGCAACGACAUCUUCAACCGCAGCGUGCGGCUGCUGGCGAGCCGGAAGGGCAUGCGCCUGAACCAGCGCGGGCUGUACCGCGACGUGCUGCGCGGGGGGGGGCGGGAGAAGAUUUCGGAGGGGGAGCUGGUCGAGGGUCGGUGCGAGCGCCGCAUCUUUGACGUGCUGGGCGUGCCGUGGCGCCCGCCCGAGCAUCGGAUUUGUUAG